AUGAUCAUAUAUAUAGUGUAUUUUGAGAGACUGUGUUCCCGUUGGGCAAACACUCUAGCAAUCCACAACCGUGAAGUGUCAGCACUAUAGCAGGCACUACAAUCUUUAAUAUAACAGUACAUACAUCACCAACAAAAAGGACGCCAUGACCGAGGAAUAUUGGGAGAAAUUUUGUAAAAAGUAAAAAAAUAAAAAUAAAAAAAA